CAGAGAUAACCUGGCCAAUCAACAUGCAGUUGACCAGCAAAUUUGCCUACUGCAAACUGAUUGAUUGCGAGACCACUAGAAACAGCUUUCUUCUCUAGUUGGUAACACAGUGACGCUGUAAUCUGGGAGGAAGAUAUGGAGUCGGAGCUGCUAGGGGAGAUGCCUGUGUGCUCCCCGGCAGAGCCAGUGCACUGGCAGUUCCUGACUCUGCUGGACACUGUGGGCAGGCGGAAUGGACAGGUGCUAGUGAUGGAGAUGGAUGAUGUACAUGAGGCAGCCCCGCUUGUGCAGAUGGACUUUGCCCAGGAGCUCUUCAGAGGGAUCGACCUAAAGACCAAACUCCACCAGAAGAAGGAAAUCAAGGAGGAGGAGCAGGAGGUGCAACCGCAGCUGGUCUUCAUGCUCUGGCAAGCUGCCACGCUGAGGCAGCUCAUGCAGUGGGAACACCUGGAUGAAACACUCUGGAACUUAAGGAAUCUCUUUCCCUGCAUGCCAGCUGCUCUGGUACUGGUGAUGAUCCAGCCAGACCUGCAGCACCAGCAGGUGGAACUUGAACGGGCAGCAGGGGCACUAAGGAGAAUGCAGUGCUUGCUGGAUGGUGGCUUCCAGGAACUGGUGGUGGAAGCAGCUGUUUACAGCCCAGGUCAGCCAGAUGGGACCCUGGAGGUCAAGAGAGCUGCCUGCAGAGCCCUGAGAGAAGUUCUGAAGGGCCAAGAAGAAAUGACUCCCCAGGAUCCAGUUACCAUCCGGCUCGGCUUGGGGGUGUGCAACACAGGGUACGAAAGACGGUAUGAGGACAGGCUCCCUUAGGCCGCAUUGCAAUGUGCCUGGAAGGUCCUGUAUCCAGCUAAGAUCUGAACUGCCACCAAAAUAAAAAACCAAAAAC